UCAACCAGCCAGUCAUCUCGCAGCGCGACCGCGACACGUUAAAGCUCUGGUCUUUCGCGCCGGCAGUUAUCCGCAACUUAUUUCUUUGAUAUAUAUCGACGGAUAUGGGUGCACUCAGGCGUUACCUCGAUGUCGCCAUCUACAGAUGGAACGUGACGCUUGCGCUUUACAUGCUCGAACCCUUUGAGCGAGUUAUUGCGAAUAUCGUUAUCAUUUUGUUGCUUUUGAUGGUUGGAUUCAGUAUCUAUAAGUCUGGGGACUUGAUCAUGGAUCACCUUUAGAGAAGGGGUGGUGAGGGGGCUAUACACACGAGUUGAUUGGAAGGCGCGGUAGAGGUCCGCAGAAGCUUAAGACCUUCAGAUGCAGAGAAAGUAUUGAGGCCGGGUCGGGCGUUGGCCAUGGAGUCUUUGUUUGAGGUUUUGAGC